AUCCGGACUUCCUUUACUGAACGGGCUCUUUAUCUAGCGCUAUAUAGCUUGCCACGAGUUGGCGUUGAAAGAGAGAAUCCAUCUUGUAGCGUACUCUCGAUUGUUUCAGCAAUAAGAGGAUCCGCCGGCAACCAUGUCUGAUAGCGAGCAGCAGUUCAUGGAGACGUCCGAAAACGGCCACGAAGGCGAAGAGGACCUGAACGGGGCCGAGGCUGCGGAGCAGGCGGAAGCUGCGCUCGAGGCUGAAAACGUAGCCGAGGGCGACGAAGCAGCGGACGACUCGCAAAACGGCGCGGUGGAAGGCGGGCAGAUCAAUGCCAGCAAGGGCGAGGAGGAUGCAGGGAAAAUGUUUGUUGGUGGUCUCAGCUGGGACACCAGCAAAAAAGACCUCAAAGAUUACUUCUCCAAAUUUGGGGAAGUGACUGACUGCACCAUAAAGAUGGACCCCAACACGGGAAGAUCAAGGGGGUUUGGGUUUAUCCUCUUCAAAGACGCUGCUAGCGUGGAGAAGGUACUUGAACAGAAAGAGCACCGAUUAGACGGGCGACAGAUCGACCCAAAAAAGGCCAUGGCUAUGAAAAAGGAGCCAGUGAAAAAGAUCUUUGUUGGUGGUCUGAAUCCAGAAACCACUGAAGAAAAGAUCCGGGAAUAUUUUGGGACAUUUGGGGAGAUUGAAGCUAUUGAGCUUCCAAUGGACCCAAAGUCCAAUAAAAGGAGGGGCUUUGUGUUCAUCACAUUUAAGGAAGAAUCUCCUGUUAAAAAAGUCCUUGAGAAGAAAUACCAUAACGUUAGUGGAAGCAAGGUAACGAACGGAAAGGAAGACCUUUGCGAAAUUAAAAUCGCCCAGCCCAAGGAGGUAUAUCAGCAGCAGCAGUUUGGUGGCCGUGGCGGGUAUGGACGGGGCAGGGGCCGCGGAGGCGGCCAGAAUCAGAACUGGAACCAGGGAUACAACAACUACUGGAAUCAGGGCUAUGGAAACCAGGGCUAUGGCUAUGGUGGUCAACAGGGGUAUGGUGGUUACGGAGGUUAUGGGAACUAUGACUACUCGGCUGGUUACUAUGGCUACAGCGGAGGCUAUGACUACAACCAGGGCAAUACGAGCUAUGGGAAGACUCCAAGACGCGGGGGACACCAGAGUAACUACAAGCCAUACUGAUCAUCCAUAGCAGAGGACUAAAGUAAUUAUGACCGAGAGCCCACGGUCUGGCCACAGCGAGCGUGGGGUCUGACUAUCGGAGUUGGCAGGAUUUAGAAUCAUGCUUCAUUUGUACAGAACAAGUGAGGAAUUGGGGAAGCAAUUGUCACUUUUCCACUUUUUAUUUUAUAUUGUUUUGUGUCCAUAUGCAUUUCCAGCAAUGGAAGUGGUAUUUUUACUGUACUUUUUGGUACCUUUUUUGAAUCUAAUGUAUUGUAUGGUUGUAUUUUACAUGUCUACUGGAUUUACCACAAGUUCAGAGCUAUUGGAGCUUUUGAAAUAAACAACUUUGAGUAAUUUUUCAGUGUUUCUAGACUUAGUUUUUUUUUCCUAGUGCUGAGUGUCAAUGCAAGUUGCAUGGCAGAGCUGGGGAUGGGUAAGAUUUAAAGGGAUUAAACGCAGAGUUCAUUGUAAGCUUGUCUAGUGAAUGUCAGCAGUUGGCUAAUAAGGACAACCAGCAUUUUUGGCUUUUAAGGAAUUUUAAUUUUUUUCUUUCUUUCCCUUGUCUUCAAAUAAAGUGGCUUCAAUAGUACUGCUCUAAGCAUAAGCCUGUACAUGUAAGAGGGCACCCCCUCUCUCACUGGAAACUCAUUCCUCUAGUGUCUUGGGCAAAUUGUUAGAAAUAAACUUUUGGUUUAUAUUA